AUGCCCUCCUGUAUCCCUGCCCCUCAGUACCAACACUGGCCAGGUUCUCGUGGGGAAUACAUGAGGCCGAUAGAUCAUAGAAGAGGCCCUCCAAAAUCAUACCUACCACGGGGUAUCAGCUGGCCAUCCCCUUAUUACCCGCCUUGCCCACCUCCGUGUGAGAGGGAGCCAUACAGACACAUUGACAGGAUGGUAGGACGGCCUGGGGACCUUGAUUACAGAGAGAUCAGAGAAGGGGGUCGGGCCAGUUAUGCGAGCCAGAGCAGUGGACGUGGAAGUGCUGGUCUCUAUCGCCAAUCUUUGUCGAUCACUCCAACUCUGCUCAGCUCUCCUGAAACAACAGAGGAGAGUGAACGACACAUGGAGCAGUCUGAGAGGAGAGCCAAAAGAAAGAACACAUCAGUAGAUGAGAGUUAUGAGUGGGACUCUGCUGAUGUCUGUGUGGAUGUAGAAGUCCUGGAGGCCAUGAUGUUGGAUCAGUCAAAGAAGGGCCUUUGGAAAGGCAGACGUGAUCAAUGCAUUGGCCUCCAGGACAACCAGCAGAAAGGCCAGUGCCCCUCAGUCAGUCCACCAGUUUCCAACCCGCCUCGCCACAACAGGCGCUCCCUAAGUGAGGAGCGUUUCAAUGCUCUGCGGCAGGAGUACCAUGAGUACAGGCAAGCUCAGGAAUCCUCCUCCCAUGUGCCCUGCCUCCAGCGCAGCAUCGACAGCGACUCUGAGGCCAGCUCCGCACUGCUCUAG